AUGAACACCGCCUCUUUGGUCCGUUCUCUCACCCGUGUGGCUCUUCAUUCCACCAAUGCUGUUAGGAUGGCGGCACCUCGCCAUUUUUCGUCCACUGCAAAAAUGAUGUCAGUGACUCCAGAACUUCAACAAGCAUUGAAUCGCGAAAUCGAAGCUGAACAACAACUGAGCAAAGACAAUCUUCAAGGCUCCGUCGCUCCAACCUUCCCUGGGUUCGCUGUGACCACCAAGGAAGCUGAAGUUCGGCUUACGAAGAAAAAUGGCAACGAGGAUAUUCUUGUUGUUUUCAAUGUGAAUCAUUCCGUUGACAUGGAUGAAGGUUUCGACGAUGAGCCAUCCCAAGCUGUUGCUCCAGUUCCAGUCGCACUUCCACCAUUCACCGUGGAGAUCACUAAAGGAGACCAAAGACUUUGCUUCCACCUGGAGCUUGUACCAGUCGACGACCAACCAGAAGAGUAUGACUUCCGUGUGGAAGAGUUCUACGUGGCUCCAUCAGCCAAAAACGGAAACGAAGACGUUCCAUCAGAGGUGUACGCCAGCAGCGGAAAGUACAUCGACCCGGACCUUCACGACCUUCUGUUUGUCCGUUAUUUGGAGGAACGCGGUCUCGAUGCUCGUUUCUGCAAAACACUCGUUGCGUACGCCACUCACUACGAACACUCGCAAUACGUCGGGCUUUUGGAUAAGAUCAAGAAAUUCAUCUCCAUGUAG